AUGACUACCUCCUCAAGGUGUUCUAAUAGAAUAUUCGCCACAGCUCCGCUCAGUGGUGAGCCCAUCCCAACCCCAAAUAUUUGCUUGUACAUCUUUCCAUUGUACUGGAAAAAAGAUGCGUCCAGCACGAUUUGGAGUGCGCGCAAGAAGUCGAGCCACGGGAUGUUUGUGUGGCGACUUAUUUCUCCCCACACUGAGCCAGAUUGGAUUGAAAAUACGACGAACGUAGAGAUUCCGGAUUAUCUUCAACGAACUCUACUACUCGGUCCCAACUACAACAUCCAACCGAAGAGCAACAUCCCAUACGUUGCUUUUAUCGCUGACGUAGAAAAAGCGAUCCAAAAUGAACCAGAGGCAGACAACAUCAGAUCAGAAAUAUCUGCAAUGAUAACGAACUUCAUAAGUUAUCAGGCCCAGCCACACACCAGCGAAACGGAAUGGAUCAACAAAGACAUCGCCCGUAGCAGAGCCUUCCUGAAAGAGCACGCCGAACUCAUCAUCACCCGAGCGGAUAAAGGCGCGAAAACAGUGAUAAUGCACGCCAACGAAUAUCGCGCCAAAAUGUCAGCAAUGGUAAGUGACACUACAACCUACGUACCACUAACCGAAAACCCAACUGACAAAACAUUAUCACGAAUUAACGGCAUGGUCAAGGAAUGGUACACAAACAAACACAUAGACAAAAGAACACGGGAUAAAAUUCUGCUGUUCAAUUGUCCCCCACCACGCAUAUACGGGCUCCCGAAAACACACAAAGGAAACCGACCACUUCGCCCAGUGGUCUCAACCGUAGGCUCUGCUCCAUACCGCUUGGCCCAAUUCCUCGCCAACAUCCUCCAAAAGGUGGUAGGGAAAACCGAAUACCAUGUUCGUAGCAGCUUCGACUUUGCAGAAGAGAUCAGCAAAAUUCAGAUCCCGGAGGGUUGCGUCUUAUUUUCUCUCGACGUCGUGUCGCUCUACACGAACAUCCCAGUACAAGACACAUACGAACUAAUCAAACGAAAAUGGGGAGAAAUAAGUCGCCACACAAACAUCCCGUGGCUCGACUUCUUGCGCGCACUCCAAAUCGUGCUGGACGCAUCUUUUUUCCAGUACAAUGGAAAGAUGUACAAGCAAAUAUUUGGGGUUGGGAUGGGCUCACCACUGAGCGGAGCUGUGGCGAAUAUUCUAUUAGAACACCUUGAGGAGGUAGUCAUCACUGAACUGAAAACCAAAGGAAUCAAUCUUAUCAUCUAUAAACGCUACGUUGAUGACUGCCUUCUCAUUGCCGAAGAAAAUAGAAUUGAUGAAAUCCAAAACGAAUUUAACAAACCCUUCGAGAGCAUAAAAUUCACAGUGGAAAAAGAAACAAACUGUUCUAUUCGCUUCUUAGACAUGACUCUCACCAGAAAAAACAACAAAAUAAACAAGCAUUGGUUCACAAAACAAACGAACGGACGAUACCUAGAUUUCUCAUCCGCCAGUCCCCAUGCGCACAAAAUGAACACAGCGAUUGCUUUAAUUGAUCGCGCACUAAAACUGACUGACGUAGAAGAAAGGGUAAAAAGCAUCCAGAAUGUCAAAGGAAUCCUUCUUUCCAAUAACUAUCCAGACAAUUUUAUAAACCACAUUUUAAAAACAAGAACAGAUGCAAUUUAUAACUCGCUACAAUACGAAAACCGAGACACUCAAAUGGGUAGAUAUGCUUCCUUAACAUACAUCCCCCAUUUGAGUGAAAAAGUGAGCAAAAUACUACGAAAACACGACAUCAUUGCUUCAUCAAAACCCGUGAACAAGAUCAAAAAUUGCAUCUUCUCCAAGCUAAAAGAUGAAAUCCCAAAAAUGAAGCAAACACAAGUGGUUUACGAAAUCCCGUGCGAAUGCGGCCGUGUAUAUUGUGGACAAACCUCCCAAACUAUUGAAAAACGCAUCAAAAACCACAAAUAUAGUUUUAAACCGAAUGCCUCCACAACCGGCCUAACACAACAUGCGGUGGAAAACCAUCACACGUUCAACUACAACGAUGUCAGGAUUCUGGAAAAAAUGAGCGAUGACAACAAGAGGAAAACUGCGGAAACUCUGCAUAUAAAAUUGAGAGGAGAGAAGGCAGUCAACAUACAGAGAGACGCAAUAGAAAUUUCCUCGAUAUACAACGCGCUAAUCAAGAAGCUGAGAGAGACACCACAAUUUAAAAGAGCGAACAAACCCAAAACGCAACCGACGACGAACCAAUCAGGAACGCACUCGAUGACAUCAUCACUGGACGACGGCUGA